AAACACUUUUCUGGAGAAAAGCAAAAGGCCUGCCUGAGUGAAGGGAUAUCUCCGGUGUUUGUUCUCGCAACGUGGAUUCAAUUAUACAGAAGAAGGGCGAUUGAUCUGAAGUCCCAGUUUGUUCCGUUGGAUUUUAAGGAAUGCUGCUUUCAAAGUUAAAUUCUUUUGCUCAUAUCUCUGCUGUCGAUGUGCCGUCAAAAAUCCAAAUCCAGCAAGUGAAAGAGCGGGAGCCCUUCGAGAAAGUCUAUCAGGUCGGCGCUGAGCUGGGAAGCGGUGGCUUUGGUACAGUUUACACCGGCGUGAGGAUCGCUGACGGAGCGCCGGUGGCAAUAAAGCAUGUGGCGAAGGAUCGUGUCGCUGAAUGGGGAGAACUGCCCAAUGGGUCCCGUGUCCCAAUGGAAGUGCUGCUUCUGAAGAAAGUUGGGACCGGUUUUCGGGGUGUCAUUAAGAUGCUAGACUGGUACGAGAGACCCGACAGCUUUAUCAUCGUCAUGGAGAGACCCGAGCACGGGAAGGAUCUUUUUGAUUUUAUUACGGAGAAGGGAGCUCUGCCCGAGGAACUGGCUAAAAACUUCUUCAGGCAAGUCCUGGAGGCGGCCAGACAUUGUCACAACAGUGGAGUAGUUCACAGGGACAUUAAAGACGAAAACAUCCUGAUAGAUCUGAGAACCGGAGACCUGAAACUCAUAGACUUUGGAUCAGGAGCGCUGCUCAAGGACACCGUCUACACUGACUUUGACGGCACUCGAGUGUACAGCCCUCCCGAAUGGAUCCGCUACCACAGAUACCACGGCAGGUCUGCCACGGUGUGGUCUUUGGGAGUCCUCCUGUAUGACAUGGUGUGUGGAGACAUCCCCUUCGAGCAGGACGAGGAGAUUGUGAGGGGACAGGUCUUCUUCAGGAGACGAAUCUCAAUAGAGUGUCAAAACCUCAUCAAGCUGUGCCUCUCUCACCGGCCCUCAGACAGACCCUCUUUCGAGGACAUCCUCAAUCAUACAUGGAUGCAGAGCGUGACACUCCCACAGGAGACCACAGACAUCAGACUGCAGAGCUUGAGCCAUGAGCCCCAAGCCAUCACAGCAGAUCACUAGAACUGCUAAGAGAGAGAGAAACUUGCUAGAGUAAAUGCAAUGGGAACCACAAUCCUUUUUCUGUAGGAGGCGUGGGAGCUGAACCCUUUUCCAAAUAACCAAAUCACCCGAGCCUGUAUUGAUGAGGGGAAAGGGGGAGCUGCCAUCACUUCUCUUUGCAGCCCCCUUGACUUCUCAAGCUUUUGAUCCUUAUGCACCAUACUGUUUACUGUGAGGCUGGCUGGGUCUAAAAGCUACUGUGCUGCAAGUACAGGAACUCCAAGGACCAGAGCUGUGGAAUAGUUCUGCACCAACUUGAAUCCACACGUCGCCAUGUACUUGAGCACAGUGCAGUGUACAGACAAGCCUGACUUUCAAAAAUAACUUUUGUUCAUUUCUGAGUGCCUUCUACAAGAGCAGUAACAGCGGCCUGU